AUGGAUGUCCCAAAAAGCUUUCUGGACCAGGUUGUACCCCAAGCCACGGCCUCCUGGGCUCACAUCGUGGCAAAGUACUCGCCUCAAAAAAUCGAGUUCGUUGGCACACUUCUCGCCCAGGUCCUUACCUUCUGGCUACCAUCAAUAUGCUAUAUGCUCCUCGAAGUGAUAGCGCCCUCCUUCUCGCAGCGCCACAAAAUCCAACCAGCACCCAAACAGCCAACCCGUCGCGAGAUCGCACGCUGUUUCGUAGUCGUGGUACAGAACCAGAUCAUAUCAUCUAUACUUCAUCUGACACUGCUGUCCGCCGCCAGCUAUGCUGGCUUGAAAUCAACAUAUCGCAUCGAGACCUCCCUCCCAGGCCCAAUCGAGAUCCUCCGCGACGUCUUUCUCAGCCUGUUGAUGCGCGAAGUGUUAUUCUACUACGGCCACCGAAUCCUACAUAUACCCGCCCUCUACAUCCCAAUCCAUAAAAAGCAUCACCGAUUCACUGCUCCGAUUGCGCUGGCUGCGCAGUUCGCUCAUCCGAUUGAACACAUCUUCGCUAAUACAUUGCCUAUCUCUCUGCCGCCGCAGUUGCUGGGGAGCCAUAUUGUGACUUUUUGGGUGUUCUUGGCUUAUGAGCUUGUGAAUACGGCGACGGUUCACAGUGGCUAUGAUUUCUUUUGCCACAAGGCUAGGGCGCAUGAUCUUCACCAUGAGAAGUUCAAUUUGAAUUAUGGAUCGUUGGGGUUGUUGGACUGGGUGCAUGGAACGGAUAAAUUGAAGAAGCGUCGCACUGAGUAG